GAGUGUCAGUGGAGUCAUCAAGGCCGUUGGUGCUUCGGAAGGACGGGUCAUUUUGCUUCAAAUUCUUGUCGACGUGUCAACCCAUUAAAUCCGUCGGGGAAACCACCUGCUGUUUUUGAACCCAAAAUCGAAUGUGAUUUGAAAGCGACACAACGACACAAUACAAAUCAAACAUCGAGCUGCAAGAAACAAAGAUCGAAGGCUUUGGCAACUGAAAGGAUCUCUUGUCUUCCAUAAGUUCCAACGCAACGCUGCAUUCCAUUUGUCAGAAGAAGCAGAAGCAGAAGAGCGGAGAGAGCGAGGCUGUGAGAAAGAAGAUUCUGUCUGAACUACAGCGAGAUCGGUCUUUUUAGUGGUGUGGCUGCGACUCUUUUUCUUUGUUGGUUUUGUUGGUUAUCCUCAUUCUUCAUCAUAACAAGCAACAACUGUCUGUUCAUACACUGAUAGCUUGCUAGCUAGCUUGGUUCAGUACUUCAUAAUCAACCAGCCAAAAGCCAAUACACAAGAAAGAAAGCAAGAAAGAUGACGGAAGGCGUGGGAGAUGACUUUUUCGAUGAUUGCAAAAUGUCGGCAACGCCGAUGAUGCCGUCAUCGUCUCUGGGUACUUCACCUCGCAAUCGCAACAACAACAACUACAAUAACAAUAAUGCCUUUGGAGGACGAGGUGGUGGAGGAGGCGGCAAGAAACGGAAUCAGAAUCGAAGACGGAAAAAUAAUUCCUUCAAAAAGGAAGACGGCAAUGGCAACAACGACUACCCAAGUUACAACAACCUGCAAUCCAACAACAGUAAUAAUGGAUCCAAUAACCGGAGUCCUCAGUCGGAAGGCAAUGGCAAGAAAAAGAACUACAAUAAUGCCAGAAGUCGCUCCAACUCUCCCAUGACCGGCGCCGCCCGAUCCAAGUCACCCAACGGUGGCCGCUCCAGGUCGCCCAAGGGCUGCGGCAAGAAUAAUCGAAACAAACACCACAAUGCCAACUCCAAUGAUCUUCAUCACCACUACAACCCCAAAAAGGAUGGUCCUCCCGAUAUCACCGUCGUUGUCAACCGCGUCGACUUGUACGACUCGGCCGCUCACAUUGUCGCCGUGGCAGUCGACGGACCCAAUCAACACCCGGCUCCUCCCUAUCCCGUACAACCAUUCAACUUUGAUAAGAAUCGACACGCCAAAAGUAUCAACAAACGCAAAUUCGCCGAUUGUCUCGUGGCCAUUCAACGAGUACCUUAUUCCGUCAAGUACGUGCCCUGUGAAGAUCUAUUGGCGACGCACGAAACGGUUCCCUUGCCACCGCGGGCUCAUUCUCCCACGCCGCCCCAUGGAGAAUCCGUCGUUGACAAUACCACUCCCAAUCCAUACGACAAAUCCAUUGACAAGUACUGGGCGCAACGAAGACGACUCUUUGCCAAAUUCGAUCAGGGCAUUCAACUCGAUUCCGAAGGAUGGUACUCGGUCACACCCGAAAUUAUUGCCGAUCAUGUUGCUCAUCGAGUGGGGGAUUUGGCGGCGUCGUCGACGACAACGGGGGGCUGGGUCGUUCUGGAUGCUUUUUGUGGAUGUGGUGGAAAUGGGAUUGCCUUUUCCAAAGUACCUGCCGAUCGCAUUUCGCUUGUGAUUUGUGUCGAUACCGAUCGCAACAAAUUACGCAUGGCGGCACACAAUGCCGCUCUCUAUCAUAUCCCACCCUCCCAAAUUGUCUUUGUCGAAUGCAAUUCCAUCUUUAUUCUCAAACAUUGUUAUCGCAAUGGAGAAUUCAUUCUCGAUCAACCCGAUCUACUCAUUCAAGCCGGAGCCACGCCGCCGCAAUUGCCCUCUCCCGUGCACACGGAAGUCUAUGAAGGAUAUCAUAUCGGUGGCAUUAACAUGUUGCCGCGGCGUAUUGAUGUCGUGUUUAUGGAUCCACCGUGGGGAGGGGUCGAUUAUGAGGUUCUCGGAAAGAAUGGAUACGACUUGGAAAAGAAUAUGAAAAUUCGGUGUCAAGUCUGUCUAGAACCCGAUGAGAAAGAUACCAUCAAAGAUGACUUUUUCGAUUCCUUUGCGACACAACCAGCAAACACACACCACAAAUCGGGCAAGGCCAAGAAAAAGGCCAACUUUAACAACAAUAUCGUCGAUGACUAUGUCAAUGGAGCAGAUAUGUUAAAGUAUGCUGCUGCGGCCACGUCGACCCGACUAGUGCUCUACGACUUGCCACGAAACACGAACAAAACAUCUCUGGGACAAUCUGCGUUGGCCGCUGGUUAUCGAGGGAACCUGAAGUUGGAAGAACAUUUCCUCAAUGGUCGUCUCAAAACGGUCACGGCAUACUUUGGGACGGACUUUUCAAAGUUGCUGGAUUCCACAGAAACCAACCAAGCCGAAUUACAUCAACCCGCAUCGCCGUAUCCAACAACGGAUCAGAGCGAUGACGACGAGGCCGACAACGAAAAAGAGUAAAUAGAAUGGCUUCAUUCUAUCCUGGUUUUCGGCUCGUCUUUGCUGUUACAAUGUUGGACGGGAGACGCACGGCCAACGAGAGAGUCUCGUGGUGGUGGCAUUUUUUGAAAUCUAACCUCGAAUGAAUGAAAGAGAUGCAAGAGAUGGUCGUCCAGUCCAGCAUUACACAACAGUACUGUAGCAUUGAUAGUUAGAACAAGUUACAGUAUCAUACAACAUUCCUCC